ACUCCCCUUGAAGAAAAGGGGAGUUUAUUUGUAUUCAGUGGUGAGAGAAGAGGGCCCUCUGUAACAGUUGGGAAGCCAUGACAUGAGCGCUCACGUCAGCUCCUUGUGGAUGGUGCAGUGGCCAGACUCACUCAAGAGUUUCAGGAGGCAUUGUGUCCCCUUGAGGCACAGUGCUUCUCUGAGCUCCCUCUGGGUUUGUGCGGCUCACCAUGGUCCCCACCACAGUCCUGGGCCUUAAAGGUACAUUCCUGACCCGCUGAUAGGCAGCUGUAUCCCUUUAGGGGCAGGAAAAAUGGAAGAGCUUUUAUGUUACCAGGCAGAGCCGGUAAUAACCAGGAUUCUCCACUGCUGCACUAAGACCAGGCAGAAUCCAACAGGCUGGUUCAUCCUUUUCUCGUGGAGGGAGGCAGUUUCUCAUCACCAGAGAGAAAAGUGUUACACUCAGGACAACCUGGGGCCUGAUUUUGAUCUCACAUCCACUGGUUUCACGCCAGUGUUGCUCCUUUGGGGCAGAUCCUGAUCUCAGUUAUACCAGUGUAAUUUCAGAGUAAAUGUUGUGGACUUUAACAGGGUUACUCCAAAAUCAUACUGUGUGAUUGAAAUAAUGUUCUGGUCCCUGGUUCCUACAGACGAGGAUUCAAAUCCCAGUCAUCAGGGAAAGAGCCUCCAAAGCAGUGUCUAGACUAGAAUAGAGGAGGUUGUUAGAAGGCACUAGCUAACCCAUUCCAAAUAAGAUGUUUGAGAAGUCUGGUGCAGACAAAGCCCUGGUGAUACCAGUAGUCUGUGGCAAUGGUUCUCAACUAGGGGUACACAGAGAUCCUCCAGGGGGUACUCAACUAAUCUAAAUCAGUGUUUCUUAACCUGGGGGUUGCAACCUUUAGGGGGGCUAUAGGAUGGGUUUGGGGGGUCACAAGUGCAGGGCCAGCAUUAGGAGGUGGCAAGCAGGGCAAUUGCCUGGGGCCCCAUGCCACAAGGGGCUCCAUGAAGCUGAGUUACAUGCGUCAGUCCCACCACCUGGGGCUUGGGCGUCAGCCCUGCUGCUUGGGGCUCGGACAUUAGACAAGGCUCACAAGUGAAAAACACACUGAAAUGCUUGUGUCAGCUGCCUCCAGUGAGCACCAUGGUGGAAGAGAUCAACGAGACGAAGAAAAACAAAAUUCGCUGCACAGCAUGGUCCAGAGGGUGGCAAUCAUUGGAGCUGGGUCCAGUGGACUGGCCUCCAUCAAGUGCUGUCUGGAUGAGGGGCUGGAGCCCACCUGCUUUGAGCAAAGUCAUGACAUCGGGGGCCUCUGGAGGUUCACAGAAGCUGAGAGGAUCAGCGUCUACAGAUCGGUGAUAACCAACACCUCCAAGGAGAUGAUGUGUUUCAGCGACUUCCCCUUCCCAGAGGAUUUCCCCAACUACAUGAAACACUCCAGGCUCCUGGAGUAUUUCAGAAUGUACGCCGAGCACUUCAGCCUUCUCAGAUACAUACGUUUCAAGACCACAGUUCACAGUGUAAAGAAACGCCCAGAUUUCUCCACCACUGGCCAGUGGGAUGUUGUCACCGAGACUGAUGGGACGGUUGAGUCGGCCAUUUUUGACGCUGUUAUGGUUUGCAGUGGCCACUAUGCAAAGCCCCAUUUACCACUGGAUUCUUUCCCUGGUAUAGAAAAUCGCUUUAGAGGCCAGUAUCUCCAUAGCUGGGAAUACAAAGACUCUGCCAGUUUCCAAGGGAAGAGAGUCCUUGUGCUCGGUGUUGGGAAUUCUGGAGGAGAUAUCGCCGUGGAGAUCAGUCGGGUGGCUGCUCAGGUGUUUCUCAGCACCAGAAGUGGCACGUGGGUGAUUAGUCGUAUUUCAGACCAUGGCUUUCCUCUUGACAUGAUGCACACCACUCGCUUUUACAACUGUCUCGAAAACUUCCUCCCAUCAGCCCUCAUGAGACUGCUGAGGAUGAAGAAGUUCAAUACGUGGUUUGACCAUGCAAAUUAUGGCUUGAUUCCUCAGAAAAGUCCAAACCUAAGCUUGAUUGUGAAUGACGAACUGCCAAGCUGCAUCCUCUGCGGUGCUGUUGUUGUAAAACCAAAUGUGAAGGAGUUUACGGAAAGCUCAGCUGUUUUUGAAGAUGAGACCGUAGAGGAGAACAUCGACGUGGUGGUCUUUGCGACCGGAUAUACUUUCUCUUUUCCCUUCCUUGAAGAGUCUGUUCGCAACAUCUGCAGAAGAAAGUACGCCCUUUACAAAUACAUCUUCCCACCCACUCUGGAGAAGCCGACGCUGGUUGUCCUUGGCCUUAUACAGCUAAGUGGCUCCAUCAUGGCAGGAACGGAACUCCAGGCUCGUUGGGCCACAAGGGUCUUUAAAGGGUUGAACCAGCUUCCUACUGCCAGCAGGCUGAUGGCUGAAGUUGCCAAGAAGCAGCAGCAUCUAAUCAAACAGGGUCUUUCCAACAAGGAGAACAAAAUCAUAUUGAGUUACAUUGGCUACAUGGAUGAAAUUGCAUCAUGUGUUGGUGUAAAACCCAACAUACUGCUGCUAUUCCUGAAGGAUCCCAAGCUGGCCCUGGAAGUUUUCUUUGGCCCGUGCACCCCAUGCCAGUAUCGCCUGGCUGGACCAGGAAAAUGGGUAGGAGCCAGAAACACCAUCCUGACCCAGUGGCACCGGACUCUGAAGCCCCUGAGAACUCGAGUCAUCGAUGAUUCUUCCAAUCACUCUUCAGUUUUCCACUUGCUUACAAUUCUUGGCCUUCCUGCGCUCCUUUGUGCUGGUUUAUUUAUUUGUAAAUAUUCCCCUCAACUGUGGUUCCCUGGGGUAAGAUUAGGUGCUAUUCCCAUAUGUAAAAUGGGCUUUAUGAAAGGAGGGCUCUGAGUAGAUGGUGAAGGUUCUAAGAUGUGCUGCUAGAAGACAAUAACUUCAAUGACUGGAACCAUUCACCAGUUUCCAGAAAAAUUCAGACUCUUCCGCCCAGCUCAUCCCAAUCAGAUUGACACCGGAAACCACCUCUGGCCUUGACACUUUGAGAAUAUACACCCUUGCUCUCCAGCUAAUAUGAAGUUGGUCCUGAGAUCAACCGCUGGCUGAGGAAGCCCUGACAAUGCAGAACCAGAGAGAGCAACAGAGACUAUAGGGAUUACCAACUCAAUCAAUGCCUCAGAUUAUUACAACUGAGAUGUCAGAUGUUUCAUUUGUCUUUCACCAUUGACCCUACCUGUUUACUGAUUGCAUAUUGUUUGUCUUGGAUUAUGAAAAUAGACUAGUCAGCUGCUCUUUUGUACAGACAGAAGUUGUAUAGACAAGUUUCUAAUCACUUUCCUUUUCUGAUUCUUUCCCAUUUUGUGCUUGCUACCGGGUGUAGUGCUUACCUUAGCAGAUGAGCCACACUCCCUGGUACCCUGCACCUUAUGUAGUUAUUUCCAACAAAUAAUUAUCGUGACUCAGACCCCAUUCACCGUCAACCUGGGUUUGAUUUACCACAAAGGCAAUGGAGCCCUCUGAAUUGGUUUUGUACCGGACAUGGAAUUUGUGCUGCAGCAGAAUUUCGGUGGCAUUUUAGAGACAGUCCAUUAUGUCAAUAUGGGCAUCCACAAACCAUGAUAUAUAUUGUUGAGGACUGCCAAAUGACUCAACUUCCUGGAGGUCUUCGUGCCUUGAACAUCGUCAAUAAGAACGCUGUGGCUUGGCUCGAUCAGAUUGCAUAUGCAAAAUAAAUAAAUAAAAUAAAUUUCCAACAAUACAAAGAGGAUGAAAAUCUUUAGCAUUCUGAUUUUAGUAGCAUUUUACACUCAUUUGGACAGAGGCAGGA